AUGAUCAAUUUUCAUUUGAAAUUCAAAAAAUUACAAUUUAGAUUUUCUUUUAAAUAAAAACGAAUCUAAUUUCAUUCGAAUAAUAAUAAUAAUAACAUAGAAGCAUCAUUGAACAUGGAAUUGAUCAACCGAAAAGUUUAUUUCUUCCUAUGUAUCGGAUUAUUGAUUGUAUUCAUGUUAAUGAAUGAAUCGGUUGAUGCACAGAAAAAACGUCGUAAUCGUAAUAAAAAUAAAAAUGGUGCCGAUCAAUGUCAUCAAAAAGAAAUAAUUAAAUGUUUAGAUAAAUUAACAUCAUUAGGUAAAGAAGAUGAUCCAACAUCUAUUAUUACAACAUCACAAGGAUUGAAUAGAAUUUGCAAGACUAUCAAGGAUGAUACAAUGAAAUGUGCAAAAGCAUAUUUUAAAAAAUGUGGCACACCAUUACAUCGAGAGUUAAGCGAUUUGGUCAUGGAUGUUAUUAUGCAUCGUGUCACCCAAUUUUGUGACAAUAGUCAACAAAAAUCAAGUAAGAAAGAUCAUGUUUUAUUAUUAGAGUUUAAUAAUAAAACUGUGUUCGAUUGUGACAUUGACGAUUGA